AUGCCCCCUCCACCUCCGCCGCCGCCGCCGAUGCCUGCGAUGGGCGGCCCUCCUCCGCCUCCCCCGCCGCCAGGAGGUCCUCCUGGAGCUGGCAAUCUACCUUCGAGACCACCACCAGGAGGCAGAGGCGCUCUACUCUCCGACAUCACGAAAGGCAGGGCUCUCAAGAAAGCCGUUACGAACGAUAGAUCUGCGCCGGUAGUUGGGGGUUCGUCUGGUGGCGUUUCCUCCGGAGGACCGCCUCUAGGAGGUGCGCCUCCGGUCCCAGGCUUUGGUGGUGCCCCUAAACCUCCCGGUGGCCUCGCUCCUCCGGUGCCCGGAAAUCGAGCUAGAAGCAAUAGCGACCAGAGCGGGCGAGAAAGCGCGCCUGCACCGCCCACACAGGCAGCACCACAAUUAGGGGGACUCUUUGCGGGAGGCAUGCCGAAGCUGCGGAAGACUCGUGGCGCCGUUGAUACCGGUGCUUCUAUGGACUCGUCAUAUCUGUCGGAUCCCGAGAGCAAUGUGCGGUCGUCCUCUGCGCCGAAGCCACCCACAUUCGGAGCACCAAAACCUCCUGGCGGUGCGGCGCCGGCCCCGCCGGGAAGGCCGCCUUUACCUCCUCCCAACGCCGCACCGGCCCUGCCACCAUCCAUUGCCAACUUGCGCAAGACGCCCAGCGAUCUACCUCGGCCAGGCUCUUCAGCAUCGAUGAAAGGACCUCCGCCUCCUAUAGGCAAGAAGCCGCCGCCACUGCCAGCAUCCCGGAAGCCCUCGACUACGCCCAGCCACCCGCCUCCAUUACCUGGAUCGCCAGCUCCAGGAGCACCCCCUCCACCACCUCCAUCGUCUGCUCCAGCACUUCCGUCCGCACCCCCCUCGGCGCCGCCACCACCCCCUGCUGCUGCUGCUCCCAGAGCUCCAGCGCCAUCGCCUCCGUCGAGGUCCCCAGCACCUCCACCUCCUCCACCGGCCUCAAACGGACCUUCGCCGCUGGCAAUGCAAGCCGCUUUACGAGCAGCCGGCCAGGCAUCUCCAAGUGCUGCUCCACCGCCUCCCCCAUCGGCGGCCCCCUCGCCCCCCGCCUCUGCACCUCCUCCACCAGCAGCACCCCCUACGAGGGCCCGUGCUGGUUCUGGUCUACGAUCUUCUAUGCUAGAUCCAAGCGCCUUCACGCUUGCUCCCAAUGGUGCAAAGAGUCCAAGUCCUACUCGAACGAACACGAUGAGCAGUCUCAAUGUCGGCGGUGGUGGUCAACGAUACAUCGUACAAGAUCCUCGAUGGAAGUUCCAGGAUGAUGCCAUGUUGCCAAAGCCAAGGGACUUUGUAGGCGGUCCCCGACGAUACAGAGCCGGGAGAGGUAGCAGUGUUCCUCUUGAUCUCAGCGCCCUAUAA